GCAGCGCUGUAGAAAUGGCGGCCGAUAGUGGCAGCACUUCGCUGCAGCUCCCCUGCGUUUUUUCACCCAAAUCACGACAGUACUUAGCUUUGUGUGCCCAGGAUGGCAGACUUCGCAUUUGGAACACAGACAGUAAAACACUUCACCAGGAAUAUGUGCCUUCAGCCCAUUUGAGUGCCACUUGUAGCUGCAUAUCGUGGGGACCAUGCCGAACAGUGAAGGAGGGACCUCAGAGGAAGAAGAGGAAAUCGGAGGCAGUGCAGGUGGAGGAGAAGGCAGACCUGUUGGCAAUGGGCACAGCAGCGGGCACUGUGCUCAUCUACAGUACAGCCAAGGGAGCACUGCACUGUACUCUGGAUGGAGGCCAUAGUGGAGGAGUGAAUUGUGUCCAGUGGCACCCUGAAGACAGUUUAUUAUACAGUGGCUCAGAUGACACAAACAUUGUAGAGUGGGACCUGCAGACAGGGAAGACGCGGAGUAAGUGGAAGGCGGACCGUGCAGCUGUGACCGCUCUGUGCGUGAGCCCCGACGGCAAGCUGCUGCUCUCAGCCGGACAGGUCAUCAAGAUGUGGGACUUGGAGACUAAGGAGGUCUACAGGAAAUUCACAGGCCACUCCACAGCCGUGACGACCCUGCGCUUCGCCACCACGCGACCCCCCGACAGCAACGGCCUUUACUUCCUGUCGGGCGCCGCUCACGAUCGACUGCUCAGUGUAUGGCAAGUUCGAGAAGACGGAAAGGACAAGAACUCAGUGGUGUCCUUCACUCUGACGGACGAGCCUCAGCACAUCGACCUCGUCACAUCCAACAGCAAGGAAGAGGCGGUGAGGAUGGCAGUGGUGUGUAAAGAUGGGCAGCUGCAUCUCUUUGAGCACUUUUUAAAUGGGCCCUGUAAGAAGCCCCUCUCCCCCUCGUGUACAGUGCAGAUGUCAGACACGAAAGAUUCCCCGGUGCCAAUCCCCCUGCUGGCAGCCGCCCUCACAGCUGACACACGGACCGUGCUGCUGGCUUACGGCAACCACCUCCAACCUGUGAUGGAGAAAGUGGAGCUCAACACAGCAGAGAGACACAUCUGUUUGACCCGCGAUGUUCAGACCAGCCUGUCCCUUUCCAUGGAAACCGCUGUUUCCAAGGUGAAAACCCCUAUUGUCAAUGCCAAAACCAAAGUGUUGGCCCCGGGACUUCCCGGACAUCAAGCCCCAGUGAAGGGAACUGCACAGGCAUCAGAGAAAAGAAAAAAAGAUACAGAAUCUAAAGAGAUGUCUAUAGCAGAGCGACUAGGUGAAAUCGAUCUGUCUACAGUCUCCUCUGAGAAGGGAGCUCCUAAAGGGACGCCCUCUUUACAGACUGACAACUUUGCGGUGCUGCUGGUGCAGGGGCUGGAGAGCAAUGAUGCCAACAUACUGAAUAAAGUUUUCCAGACUCGCAGAGACAUGGUGAUAAAGAAAACGGUUGCUCGGUUACCCCUCCCUGCUGUUUUACCAUUGGUGGAAGAGAUCACAAGGAGGCUCCAAGGGCACCCUUUUACGGCAGUUCUAAUGGUACGGUGGCUCAAAGCUGUGCUCAUGCACCACACAUCAUAUUUGGCUUCGCUGCCAGACCUGGUUACCCAGCUGGGAGUGCUCUAUCACAUGAUUGAGAGCAGAGUGAAGAUGUUCCACAAGCUAACAAAGCUGCAUGGAAAACUGUAUCUCCUAAUGACACAGGUGGCGACAAGUGACAGCAGCAACACAAUUACAGAUGUUGACCAUGCAGCUAAGUUGGUGUAUGAAGAGGAAUCGUCUGAUGAAGACGAGGCCUCUGGUGAUGAAGGUCUUCCCGACGAGGACUCUGAUAAUUGGGAAGAGGAGGAGACGAUGGAAGAAGACAAGGAGGAUGAGGAGGAGGAUCCCGACAGCAGAACGGAUUCCAAAGCGAACGGGGAGGAAGACAUGGAUCACGAAAAUGAGAGCGAAGAAGAAUGAGAACGAAGGAGGAGAAAACAUCAAUCAAACUCAAAAAAAAGGACCUGAAAGAGUUAUAUAUACUUUCAUUUUAUUUUCACGCUUUAUGAUUUUAUUACGAGAACAAAGUGCGGUUUUACAAAAAAUUAAGGGACACGUGUCGUUGGGCGCCCCCCCCACUCUCCUCUCCUCUCCUCUCCCCCGCCUCGCCACGACACAGAUGUCACGCCUCCACCGUCUUCCUCCCGCCAUCUGACGAACAGAUGCAACGUAACGGGAAGGAGGGCGAAAUGAAAUGAAAUGAAAUGAAAUGCAAGUUCUUCUUCUUCUCUUCUGUCCGUUCAUCAUGCAACCCCAGCUCCACCACCUGACCCGUCUGAGUCCAAAUUGACUGAAUAAAUGACCAGGUGACGUUCCAGUCGGCCUACACUGCCGUCUGCAUUCCAAAGCGAUGUCAUUGUAUAAUAUUAAAUAGCACAUUACAAAUAUAUAACAGUAUAUUGUAUGUCCUGCUUAACAGUAGAUGAGACAGCACUCUUGUCACCAAUUGGUUGAUUCUAACCGACCAUGUAAGGCCAUCUGGAACGUGAUUUCUGUGUUUGUUCAUGAAGGUUGGUGCAGGGUUAGAGUUGGGAUGCAGCCACCCCCCCCCCCCAUCCCCUUCUCUCCACCAGCUGUUGGUUGUACAGAAUACAAAACCAUACAUCAUGCCCCCCUCUACACACACACAAUGUAAAUCUGUAUGUACAGUGAAGUGUUUGUACGGGCUCUUCCCUCUACAUCUAUUCCUUUUUCCCUUCCUCCUCUCCCAGAAAUUCUUGGGAUUAAACUAACUCCUAUAAAGAGUCUCCUGGAUGAGUUUUUUUCUGUUUUGUUUUAUUAUUAUUAUUUCCCACAUUUGAACUUUUAUCCUUUUUAAUUUUUUUGUGCAUUUAGUUUCUGGGCAUGACCUGACA